GUUCCAUUUGUGAUAGCAGAUGCGACUACACUAACUCAGGCAGGAUAUGUUGGGGAAGAUGUUGAAUCCAUUCUAUAUAAGCUCCUUACUGUUGCUGACUAUAAUGUAGCAGCUGCUCAGCAAGGCAUAGUGUAUAUUGACGAAGUUGACAAGAUCACGAAAAAGGCUGAAAGCCUCAACAUCAGUAGGGAUGUCUCAGGAGAGGGCGUCCAGCAGGCAUUGUUGAAGAUGCUUGAAGGAACAAUAGUCAAUGUGCCGGAGAAGGGAGCUCGGAAACACCCUAGAGGGGAUAAUAUUCAGAUUGAUACGAAAGAUAUUCUCUUUAUAUGCGGUGGUGCCUUCAUUGACUUGGAGAAAACAAUAUCAGAGAGGCGCCAAGAUUCUUCUAUAGGGUUCGGUGCACCAGUUCGCGCAAACAUGAGGACUGGUGGUGUUACAAGUGCUGCUGUGACAUCAUCUUUAUUGGAGAUAGUUGAAAGUAGUGAUCUAAUAUCAUAUGGUCUGAUACCUGAGUUUGUUGGUCGAUUCCCCAUCCUUGUAAAUCUGUCAGCUUUAACUGAGAAUCAACUUGUGCAGGUUCUAACUGAGCCAAAAAAUGCACUAGGGAAGCAGUACAAAAAGAUGUUCCAAAUGAAUGGGGUAAAGCUGCAUUUCACUGAAGAUGCGUUGAGAUUGAUAGCUAAGAAAGCUAUAUCUAAAAAUACUGGUGCUCGUGGAUUGCGAUCCAUACUGGAGAGCAUCCUGAUGGAUGCUAUGUAUGAGAUUCCUGAUGUCAGAACAGGCGACGACGUAAUAGAUGCCGUUGUAGUUGAUGAGGAGUCUGUCGGAGCUGAGGGGCGAGGAUGUGGGGCUAAAAUCCUUUAUGGCAAGGGUGCAUUUGAUCGCCACUUUUCACAGAAUAGACCAAAGGAUUCUGAGACAAACCUGGAGGGGUCUGACGGAGACCACGAGACGGAACAAGAGCUUCCUUCCAUUGUUGCUUUGUAAAUGUUCUGUGAGGUGUAUUUCUGGUCUCAAUUAUGUACAGUAAUCUAAAUUCAAAUAAACAGUGUUAAUUUAAUAAGCUCAAUGUGCUUUCAUACUGCA